ACUGUGUUGGGUGGAGGUGCGUUGAUGCUGCCGGUGCUGCAGGGGGAGCGUCCGUCCACAGCCCGCAGUGCCGCUGCGGUGUGCGGCCGCUUGAUGCGCCUCUUUACCGCCGCAUUUCCCCACAUCUAAUCCAAUUUUCGCAAAAGCUCCAAGGAGCAAAUUCACCAGAAGCACCGAGCUCCUCGCAGGCAGCAGCAAGGGAGGUGGAAACAUCUUUUACUGCGCGCGUCUUUGUGCUGAGAUGGGGAAGGUGUUCACCAAUUUCUGUGACUAUGGUCUCUGGAGAUGCAGGUGCCCACAGAGGAUCCCCUUUCACUGACUGGAUCGAGGCAGUUGGGUUUUAGAAUGAGGUCCCUGAGGAAGACAGUGCUGCUUGCCAUUCUGGCGUCCAUUGUGCUGGUACUGGCCCUCCUUCAUUCGUGGCCGACCCGGGCCUACACCACUGUGGAUGUGUGGCAGCGACCAGGCCUGGAGGAGAGGCUCCCAGAACCAGACCACCGAUUAGGCAACAUCCCAUUUCGUAUUAGGGAUAGUGUGGCAAGUUUGUUGGCACGUAAUGGCUGCAUAUGUGAGGGUGAGAGUGGAGGAGUGAACCUGCCCUUCGCCCAACUCUUAUUCCCGCGGGUGUCGGCUCACCCGCUGCACACUGCCUUUGAGGCCUCUGAGCUGGAGGAAAUAAAGAGGAGACGGGCCAAAGAGUACAAUAGUUUCCAGAAGAGGUCACUGACACCUGUAGAUGUUCUUAUUGUAGCAGAGGCGAACAAUCCCUUACAGUAUCCAACACAGGGGGUGGAGGUCCGGCCCCUGAAAACAAUCAUCAUCCCAGGCUUGGCCUUACACGAUAUUCCCAGAGACCAUCACUCGGUAAACAUCACUGCCACACUGGGAACACUUAACAUGGCAGCAGAGGUAGAUGGGGUGAAAGUCAAAGGGGACGGCGAGAUGCACAUGACUCUGUCGAGCAGCCUCCUGCCGAACCUGAACCGACAGCUGCAGUUUGUCACCUACACAAACACUCUGUUUCACCCCAGCACGGCCGACACAGUGCAGUUUGAGACAGAGGGUCAUCAAGCUGUCUUCAGUAUCAAGAUCCGUCACGGUGUCACACCUAAACUGUACAACACUGGAUCCAAAGGAGCAGACUACAACGUCAGCGCCCUCGUUACCAUAGCUACGAAGACAUUCCUGCGUUAUGAUAAGCUUCAAGAUCUUAUCGACAGCGUCAGAAAAUACUAUCCUACUGUCACCAUAGUAAUCGCUGAUGACAGUGAAAAUCCCCAAACCAUCUCUGGGCCUUACAUCGAGCAUUACAUCAUGCCUUUUGGAAAGGGUUGGUUCGCCGGACGGAACCUGGCCGUUUCCCAGGUGACCACAAAGUACGUGCUGUGGGUGGAUGACGACUUCGUCUUCACAGCCAACACGAAGCUGGAGAAGCUGGUGGAUGUUUUAGAGAAGACCACGCUGGAUCUGGUGGGUGGUGCAGUGCGGGAGGCCACGGGGUAUACUGCCACCUACAGACAGACCAUCUCCAUUGAGCCAGGGGAGGAUGACGGUGACUGUUUACACUUGAGGAGAGGAUUUCAUCACGUCAUCCAAGGCUUCCCCAACUGUGUCAUCACGGAUGGUGUCAUCAACUUCUUUUUGGCUCGCACCGACAAAGUCCAGCAGGUCGGAUUUGACCCGCGGCUCGCCAGGGUAGCUCACCUUGAGUUUUUCAUCGAUGGCCUGGGAUCCCUCCAUGUGGGCUCUUGUGACGACGUCAUUGUCAAUCAUGCAACCAAAAUCAAACUUCCCUGGGUCAGCCAAUCGGAGAGCGACAAGACUUACGCCAAGUUCCGUUACCCGCCAGCUUCCUCCGACGCCACACACACGAAAAAUGGCCUCCUGUUCUUCAAAAACCGAUUUCAGUGUUUGACUCGUAAUUAGCUCCCCCACCCUUCUUUAUCCAAUGGUUCCUCUGCUCCCCCUGAGUUACCAAAGACCUCCAAUGCGUCACAUCAGAUAAGAUUUCAGACAAACCCUUUUGUUUUGCCUUGAAAUCCUUUUAAUAUUCAUUGUGUCUGUGCACAGAUCUGAGCUUUGAGCUAACAAAUCCUUUGGCAAUGUAAAUAUCUUAAGCCUGGUAUAGAACUCCAGAUGCUCUUCUAGAGUGGAGACAAUAGUAUCAAGCAUAUCUGUUUACACACUUCAAUAACAGCAUCAUCUGGAUUCAAGGUUAUGAAGGGAUCCUGCUUUGUGUUUGUCAAAUCUUAUCUGUCUAAAGAUUGUUCAGUGGAUUCAACAUGGAGACCAAGCUUUGGGAAAACUCUUGACAGGCAGCAUCUUGACAGUCCCUUCAUUGUUCUAUUCUAAUGUGAGCAGAGGAAUGUGACCUCCUUCAGUUUGCACUAUCCAAAAAAAGACUGAGCUUGGAAAAGCAAUAGUGAUUCAGUCUGGAGAGAAGGCGUCACCAUUAGCGACGACGAAGGGACACUUACCAGGAUGUGACAAUCCUGUACACACAGAGCGUGGGUAUCAUUUCCACAGAUGCUACGUGAAAACCGAACGUUUGUACGUGUGGUACCUUCGCUCUGUGGCUGACUGGUCGUGCCAAAGGUGUGACUGCUUUGCAGUGUUUUUAUCCUGUUUUCGUUUGCGUACCUCGUUUUCGUGUUUUCGUUACCUAGAAUGCUUUGUGUCAUUUGUGAGUAACUUAUCACUUCUGAGGAAAGGGAACUUUAGAUCCCAUCUUUCUGGAGUCACAACUGGUUGUUACCUGAGAGCGGCCUUGAUACAUUUUUUUUCGACCAGAAGGAGGAUGAGGAGCGUUUCUGUCCAGUGCACGCCAACGAAUGACGAUUCAUGCCUGAAGCAAUAGUGUUAUUUUAUACCAUGGCCUUUAGAUGGCGCCCUUGUAACACGCUAUUGUUUCCUAAUAAAUUCAAAUUGUUUUUUAGGUUGUUUGUUAUUAGCAAAGAGGUGCCAGAGAUUUAUAAAAAAAAAAUUCAUCCCAAGAGGAAUAUUUUGAAACUGGAUUUUUUUUUUUUUCAUUUUAUUCAGUCAACAUGUGACGUUAUCUCUGUGGACAGGAGCGAGAAAAUAACCUCAUCAGUAAAUCUACAAUAAAAAAGACUUUUUGUGUAGAUAUGUGUUCAAAACAAUGUGUCUCAUGUUAGUAUUUGUAACUGUUAAAGGUCAAGUGUGCAAAAUUAUGCUGAAAGGGAUCUAUUGAAUUAUUUAUAGAGGCUGCCAUGUUUUUUACAGCAGCCCAAACUGGACAAACUAAACACGUUUUGGGUUUAAUGACAACUGUUACCACAGGUUCUCUGUCAUGUUUGGAAGGGGAGGGUGAGGUGAGGGGUAUUCAGCUGCAACAUGACAUUUCACCACUAAAUUCUACACACUGUACCCUUAACAGAUCCAUAGCAUUUUUUUAAACAGUGAUAUUUAUUGUGUUGAAACAGAAAUUGAACUUAGCCUGCUUCACCCAAAAACACUUCUGUGAGUCUUCUGACAUAAUGAACAUUUUUUAUUUAUUUAUUUAAAAUGUUGACAUAUUAAAAUGCCUGUGGAAAAAAAAA